GAGAGGGGAGGGGAGGAAACGGGAAAUACACAGCCAGAGAGAGAGAGAGAGAGAGAGAGACUAGAAGCCUGCAGCAGCAAAUUUAGAGAUAGAACAACGAGGCGGGAGAGGUAGAGAGACAGACAGAGAGAGGGAGGGAGAGGGGCCCAGUGUAGGAGAGAGGGCUGCAGGGUAAGGAAGAAGAAGGAGUAAGAAAAAGUUGGGAGAAGUAAGAGAGCGUGUGUCCAGGGAAGGAAAAGAACGGGUGCGGAGACUGCAGUAGAGGAGAAGCAGAAGAAGAAGAAGAAAGAGAAAGAGAAGGGGAAACAACAGACAGGAAGGAAGGGGAGGGAGAAGUGUUGGGUAGAGAGAAAGAAAAAAAAGAGCUGAAGAAAAAGUUUUCUUGUGGGAAGACGCAGAUGAGGAAAACAGAGGGAGUGAAUGACUGGGUUGGAGAGAGCAGGGAGGGGAGGAAGCCAGUUGUUUUCUAACGCCUUUUCCACGCAAUCCUCUGGACUUCUUUGGACAUGUACACAGAAAACGCACAAACAACGGGACACCAUCGAUUUCUUCAGAAUAAGAGCAACCCCGCACCCUGCCCCUGCCAGCACUGUGUCCACUAUGAGCAGCCGUAUGGCCAUCACGGUGGGCCGGGAUACCAACCAGCAUCAGCCAGACAGCCGGACCACCCAUCUCUGGACUGCAGCAGAGACAUCCAGGCUCCUCGGGUUAAAAACGUAGGAGGUAGAGCUUUCUUGGUGGACAGGGUAGAGAGAAGUGGCCAUCGCAGCCCACAGAGGAGGCCUGUGUUCGGCCCUUGCACUCUAACAGACGACUUGAGCCAAGUGUGCCCCUGGGAGUUGAACCCUGCCCAGUGGAGCUACGCGCUGGAGUCUGGGGUGAGACACUACCCGUCUGUCAGAGAACAGUGUGGCUGUGUGGUGCACGCUGACACCAGGGCGCACGCCUUUAAGGCCGGGACGCCACAUCCUCUUCCUCAUCUUCAGGUCAAAGGUCAAGGAUACAGACACAGGAGGACUGUCAGGUAUGUGUGCGUGGAUGAGGAAGAGGAAGGAUGUGAAUGCAUCUCUGAGAGCCAUCACAUGGAGCCGCACUGUUCCCCUUCGAGUCAUUUACCCGUGCCAAAUGGCCACUGUGGACCGAGGCCAGUCAUUUUUGAGGGAGGGCAGGAAAGAGAUAGCCAUCAGGACUUGGGCAAACGCAGGGGUGGAUCAGAGGAAGGUUACAACGGACGCAGCGGCUCCCACAAAGGUUUCUUCCCCACUGAAGUCCCGCAAAAACACUUGAACCAAAGCAAACGGAAGGGGCCCUGCAUCCCUCCCUCUGGCAUCACCAGUGCGGAAACCUCAAAACCGACACCCACCGUCGACCACCAGCACCAGGCUUCUGAGGUAGUGAAGCCAAAGAGGAGGGAGGACUCGGUGAGGGAUCAGAUCAGACAAGUGGUGACAGACCUGGAGGAUGUGUUGGGCGGUUUGAAGCAAGUUCACGUGGAGAUGAGAGAGGUGGUCAAGCAGAUUGAUCGUCUCACAGCCAGUAUUGACCUCAGCGAGGAGGUGCCCUGCAGCAUUCAGGGACUGACCAAUAACUUUGACAGCUCAGCUCAUUCCGGUGACACCAGGGCGGCCCCGCUGCCCAAUCACAAGCCCGCUGCGGUCCUGGUGUUACAAAACGUCCACGAGGAGCGCAUCAUCUUGAGGACUAACUCUCCCUCCCCUGUCCACAUGGCAGCUGUGGUUAAAACCAGCUGCUUCACCAGACCCAGCCACAGUAAGGACGCCAACCACGAAAGGCCGCGUGUGAACGGCCACCCGCCUCACCUGUACCCCCAAACUCACCCAGACUCCCACCCACAGACUCUGGACCCUAAGGUCAUCAUUGGGAACAGCACCUCCAGUUCAAAAACUCAGAAGCCUCCACCUUACCCUCAGAACGGGCGGUGCGGCAAUGGCCCUUACCCGCCUCCCAAACCUGCAAGGACCCCUGCCCACCUCGGGAGAGGCCGCCAGAGCACCAGCAUGGUGUGAAGGGGUUGGGGGUUGGUGGUGGUCUGCCCCGGUGCCAUGGGGGCCUGAAACAUGAGACCCUGCUGCAGCGAGUGGCGGUCAGAAGGGACCAGGCAGGGGAACAAC